AUGGCGGCUGGGGAGCUGGGGCAUUCGGGCGGCUACUACUUCAGAUUCCUGCCUCAGAAAACCUUCCAGUCUCUGAGCACCCCGGAGACCACCAGCCGGCUCCGCCAGUGGUCCAUGCUGGGUAGAAUCAAGGCGCAGGCGUUCGGGUUUGACCAGACGUUUCAGGUUUAUCGGAAGGAUGAUUUCGUUAUGGCUUUUUUUAAAGAUCCAAAUGUUAUUCCCAAUUUGAAGUUACUUUCAGAUUCUUCUGGACAGUGGAUUACAUUAGGAACUGAAGUGAAAAAAAUUGAAGCUAUAAACGUUCCUUGCACACAGCUUUCAAUGUCAUUUUUUAAUCCAUUAUAUGAUGAAGAUAUUGUACGAGAGAAUGGACAUAUUGUUAAAUGUUUAGAUUCUUUUUGUGAUCCCUUCCUUAUUUCUGAUGAAUUACGAAAAGUUUUGCUAGUGGAAGACUCAGAAAAAUAUGAAGUAUUCAGCCAACCAGAUAGAGAAGAGUUCCUGUUUUGUCUUUUCAAACAUCUUUGCCUUGGUGGAGCCCUUUGUCAAUAUGAAGAUGUGCUUAAUCCAUAUCUGGAAACAGCAAAGCUUAUCUAUAAGGAUCUAGUGAGCGUUCGAAAGAAUCCUCAAACCAAGAAAAUACAAAUUACCUCUUCUGUCUUUAAAGUUACAGCAUAUGAUUCUGUUGGUAUGUGCUACCCUUCAACAAAGAGUCACGAACAAACAUUUUCUUACUUUAUUGUGGAUCCUAUCAUGCGUCAUGUUCAUGUUUUAUACCACUGUUAUGGCGUGGGGGAAAUGUCUUAA